CCUUUGAAUUAUUAAAGGAACAAAGGAAAAAUUCAUAUAAUCGCUUCUGUACAUUUUCAAAUAUAUAACGGCGUGAUUUAUUAUAAAACACUAUAGUUUGGUGUCAGAAGAUAACAAAAAACAAUAAUGUCGAUGUGUAUGAAAGUUUGCGGAUGACAGUUGUAUGCAUUAUACAUCCGCCAUUCCCACGUUUCUGUGUAUAUAGAUGUUUUUAAAACACACGCGAAAAUUGACAAAGUUUGAUGUUUUUAUUUUGUACAAAAACAAUCACGUGUGCGACUAAAAUAAUUUUAGUACCACUGUUAUUGCAUUGCAUUGUGGAUAGAAGGACUCGUGAGGGGAAGAAAAAGAUUAUUUCUUUGUGAUAGCCUAGCAACGAGACUGGACGUAAUACAACCAACUUCAUUGCAAGGGGAUUACAGACAACAUAAAAUUUCAUAGAAGUGCCUCUUUUUAAAGACAUGGGUCGUUCUGCAGUACAAAGGUGAGGAGGCAUGGCGAAGAGAGAUAGCAUUGUGUAGUGCGCACGAACUCCCCUAUUGCAGUGUUGUGCUAGACGAACAGAAUGACGAACAUUCUUAGCUUGUCGGUUAUAGCUGCAGUUUGUGUAGUCGUCGCAGGUAACGCUGAAGAGGAAGGAGCAAAUACCCACGUCUUGCUUGGAGAGUUUGACUUGGACGACCAAUGUCACAGAAUAGGAGAGACAGAGUGGACGUUUCUCACAAGGUCAGACCAUCCUGACACCAGCGUGCUGCAGCAGAGCAAGAUACAGGAAGAACAGACGUAUGGGGAUAAAGCUAGAUCUCUUGCUGAGGAGGUGGCCCCUUAUAUGGAGCAACAGUUUGGUGACCCAAAGCUGAACGACAAACUACUCAUCUUCUCCACUGCUGGAGAUGUACUUUUAGACAAAGAAUAUUAUGAGAAGGAAGUUUUGUUCUCCAACAGUUUGCAACAGAUCGCCAGAGAGUGUAGGAACUGCACGAAGCCUCCUUGUCAGUUGGCUGUGCUGGACGUGCAACAUGUCCUGGCAACCUCAAAAGAGCCCGAAAAAUUACUUUGUACAUGGACAGAGUAUCAGAGAAGAUUCAGUUCAAAGAUUGACGAAUAUUUGGAAAUUCUACAACUCGCAAAAGUUGCCGCUGAAGCAAAUGGCGCAGAGGAAGUGGAGACGUACUGGGAACAGCAGAGUGAAUUUUAUGGAGGUUACACGAAAGCUUUGUUUCUUUGGAAGAGUAUUGAGCCUCUGUACCAAAAGCUGUGUACCUUCAUGUCCAAACAGCUCUCCAGGCACUAUAUUUUCCUCAGGUCCACAAAUGACACUGUCAUUCCAGCUCAUCUCUUAGGUACUGUAGCAGGAAAUGACUGGACCUACAUUGCGGAUCAUGUGUUGCAUUCGAGAACCUAUCGGGACAUGCUUUCUUUAAUGAGGAAAAAGGUUCUAGGAGGAAUGAAUGUUUACAAAACAGCAGAAAAUAUGUUGGCCAAACUGGGACUUGGGCGACUGCCGCCGAAGUUCUGGGAACAGUCGUCGUUCAACUCCUCAUGUCCCGCGCGUGUCGUUAACUACUGUAAAAAUGGUGAAGCCAGAGUUCUUACUUGCAACAUAACAGGAUGGGCCGAGUACGUGGAUGCCUAUGAGACGGCGAUGAGAAUUAAACACAUUCAACUGGCAGAAGAGAACACUUUCAUUCUGAGGGACAACAGCCAUUAUUCAGCAAUAUAUGAAGCAGUGACUGGAUUAUCUGCACUGUUGGCAACAUCACCGGAAUAUCUCCAGGAACUCGGUUUGCUAAAAUCCAACCACAAACAGAAGAAAUCAGCACAACUUUCCAGAGCGUCUCUUUUACUACUGGUGGCACUCCGAACUUUGCCAAAAUUACCGUACUACUUAGCUGCAGACUUAUGGAGAUUAGAAGCUCUCAGUGGCAAUCUGACAAACAUUACAGAUCUGAAUGCUUUAUGGAGAAGAUACAGAACGGAUAUGCAAAUGAUAUCAGUUCCUUCAGGGGACGAGACGAUAUUUGACUUCCUAUCAGAUCCAUACAUCACAUCUAACAAGCCGUACUUAGGAAAAUUCUGCGGACUUAUACUACAAUUUCAGCUGCUUCAGAGACUGACAGAAGGAGCAGAUGUGGAAAGAUGUGAAGGUGACUCUGAUGUAUGUACGUCAAGUGAAGAUUUGAAUGAUAGUUCCCUUGCCUUUGGAACGCUGCUUCAAAGUGGAAAAUCCAGAAAAUGGCCGGAUCUUCUAGCGGAAGUACUCGGAAUAAAUGAUCUGGAUUCUGGACCACUCCUUCAGUACUUCCAAAAACUUGAAUCAUAUCUAGAAGAACUGGGGCGGUUAGAACCAAUUAAACCAAGCAGACAUGUCGUCAGAUCGACGAGCACACCAUUGCCAACAAGUGAUGCUGAGAUUUUGUACGAGAGUUCUAAUGACACUGAUUCAGCAGUGAACUCUACAAAGGCGUCUGUUAAACAGAAUUCAGACAGCAGUGAACAGCAGUCAAAGUAUGGAACUGGAACUAUAGUUCUUUUUGCAUGUGGAGCCCUUACUGCUGUGGUGGUUGUGGUUGGUAUUGUUAUGGUUCGUCAUCAAUGCCUUGGUAAAUAUCACAUUUAUAGCCAGGCAACUACUCGAGAAAGCUAGUUUUUUUAAUUAUUGCACAUCUCUGGUUUGUAUCAGUGCUUCGUGUUUUAAUUGUUAAUAUAAAUUAAAUUAUAUUCCAUUCGAUGACUUUCAUUGUUGAUAAUUUUGUAAUAUAACAAUAAUAAAACAAGGUUAACAUGGCA